AUGAGUAUUGCCGCCCUGAUCCAAGCCGCCGAAUACAUCGAGAGGCGGGACAGAGAGGCGGAGCACGGCUACGCGUCCAGUUUGCCGGUGUACGAGGAGUCGCGCGUCGGCGGGGGCAGGCGGCCCAAGACGAAAAAGUCCCAGGGCAGCAGGACGACUCAUAACGAGUUGGAAAAGAACAGGUCAGUUGUUGUUUAUAUUAAACGCGAGUGGGGUCGGGCGGCGCGGCGACCUUGCCACGCGCCCCCCUCCCUCGCCAGGGGAGAGUGCAUG